AUGAGGUGGAGCCUAAAGCGGGGCGGUCCCUGCGCUGUCCCUCGCCCGCCACCAGCCCUAGCUCACCUCUGGUCCAGGGGACAUGACGGGCAUGUCUGGCGCCGCUGUCACUCGGGAUGGAGAGGCCCUCGAGGACUCCCCGCCCUGCAGUCCGAGCUACGAUGUCACGGGCAAGGUGAUGCUUCUGGGAGACUCAGGCGUUGGCAAAACCUGUUUGCUGAUCCAAUUCAAAGACGGGGCCUUCCUGUCCGGGACCUUCAUAGCCACGGUCGGCAUAGACUUCAGGAACAAAGUGGUGACCGUGGAUGGUGUGCGAGUGAAGCUGCAGAUCUGGGAUACAGCCGGGCAGGAGCGGUUCCGCAGUGUCACCCAUGCUUAUUACCGAGAUGCCCAGGCCUUGCUCCUGCUCUAUGACAUCACCAACAAGUCUUCUUUCGACAAUAUCCGGGCUUGGCUCACUGAGAUUCAUGAGUACGCCCAGAGGGACGUGGUGAUCAUGCUGCUAGGCAACAAGGCGGAUGUGAGCAAUGAAAGGGUGAUCCGUUCGGAGGACGGAGAGACACUGGCCAGGGAGUACGGAGUUCCCUUCAUGGAGACCAGCGCCAAGACAGGCAUGAAUGUGGAGUUAGCCUUUCUGGCCAUUGCCAAGGAGCUGAAGUACAGAGCCCUGUGGCAGCCCGAUGGGCCCCACUUCCAAAUCCGAGACUUUGUGGAGUCCCAGAAGAAACAGCCCAGCUGCUGCUCCUUCUUAUGAAUCCCAGAGGGGCUGAAAGGAGGCUCCAGAGGCCCUCACGGAUGCAGCCUUCUCCCCCAGAGCUGGUUUAUUCUGAACGUAUGGGAAUCGGGGGGACCCAGGGCACAGCCCCUUCCCAAGAGGGAGCUGUACUCCCACUCUUACCUUAGUUCCUGUAGCUUCCCUACAUCCUGGGGGAGGGUAAAGUAUUUAUUUCACUUUAAUGAUACAUAAUGUAAUACAAAAAAGGAGGGGUGGGCACCAGAAAACCACGAGACAGAACGGGUGGUCCUUUCGCCUGCUGGUACUAGGACUUAGAGGCCCGAGGCUGCCUCCUUGCCUUGACAAGGGUGGUAUUCUCCAGCUCAGCAGCAGAGGGCAGUGAUGCACUUCUGCAGUAGGAGGGCAGGCCGUGACCCCGCUGGGGCUCCACCUCAGCUGGAGAGGUGCAGCAGACCACGGCUUUACUUCCUCCAGCUCCCCCGGAAUGGAAUGUCUUCCCCAGUAAGAUGCGCCCCUGUGCCAGACCAAGGCUCAGGGAAGAUAAUCGAUGUGGAGAUUGGGCCGUGACGGAGCUCUGUGGGUAAGGGAGAGAGGAGUAGCACAGACUAGGUCUGUAUUGGCUGCCUCUGGCCUUACUAGCCCCACUCUGGAAUGUAUGUACCCCUUUUCCUCCAGCCCACAGACUGAACACAUUUGGUUCCUGUUCUCUAGACCUCAGGUGGCAGGAGCAAGCCCCUCUUUUCCCCCUCCCCCAAAUCCCUGGUGGAGGGCUCUCUACCUUUUUGCUUGUGCCCUUAGACUCCUAAGGUCAAGCUAGGGAAAGGUUUUUUUCUCCUGUCUCGACACUUUGGAGAUAGGCAGCCCCACAGGCUACUGCAAGCAGCUCCAGUGUUUCUACUGAGUUAAGAAUCCGAUAAGGAGGAACGCCUGACUCUCGGAGCAGGUGGGAGGCGGAACCAGGCAAACCUUACCCCACAUCUAUCCCCACCCCCACCCCGCCCACCCCAAGCGUGGUCUCCUCCCUGACCACCAUGCCUUUUCCCCUCAGACACCACCACAGUCAAAACUGCUUUGUGUCCCUUCCUACUGAGCCAGGUUAGGAGUAAGAGGUCACCCAUUUCUAGGUAAAUCAACACAAUGUGUAGAAAACAAAGUCACGCGGGUUAGGUUGGGUUAAGGAGAGAGGCGGCAAGGAGUUUAUGUGGGGCCAAGGUCACCUGUCCCACAAAACCCUGACC